AUGAAAUUGCUUCAAAACAUUCUUAUCAUCUUUGCUUUGCUAACAAACUUUGUUUUUGCCAUUGAUAUUACUGAAAAUAGGGUUGAUCGUGGCUUUGUCACUUUAAGUUUUGGGGAGAUUAUCAUUCACCCAAGUGCAUCUUGGUCUAUAAUUGAUAAUUCUUUUUCUAAUUUUAUUGGUAAAUUAGACGUGAAAUCUAAAGCAGGUUUAUAUAUUUCCCUGACGUCGCAUCUUUUAGCCCUUCAAGUUAGUUUGACUAGUUUACUCCAUUCAAUUAAUAAUAGUGGUGUCAUAUCGUUCGACUCACGUGUCUCAUUGACGCCAUCUUCAUAUGAUUUAAGAGGUUUAUCAUUUACCAACAGUGGGGAAAUGUACUUUGCUGCUUCAGGAAGAGUACCAAGUACCAUGUCCCUUACUUCUGCUCUGUGGACCAACACUGGAUUAUUGCUGUUUUAUCAAAACCAAAGAACCUCGGGUGCAGUAUGUCUUGGGUUCCCCUUAGGUUCUAUUACCAAUAGUGGAAAAAUAUGUUUGAACAACCAAGUAUAUCAACAAACAACUCAAAUUAAAGGUUCAGGUUGUUUUGCUGCCAACGGUGAUUCCACUAUUUAUAUUGCCAACGUAUUAUUGUCGGUUUCCGCUAAUCAAAACUUUCAUUUGGUCGAUAAAGACUCUUCUAUGAUAGUUCAAGCAAUUUCCACAACACAGACAUUUAAUGUUUACGGAUUUGGUAAUGGUAAUAAAAUCGGGUUGACUCUCCCCUUAAUUGGAAAUAUUUUCAACUCAGCAUACAGUUACGAUUCCUCCACCGGCAUAUUGACUUUGCGUAACAUUUUGCUCGAACAAAACUUCAAUAUUGGAUUAGGAUAUGACUCCAAUAAAUUCCAAGUAGUCACUGAUUCUGGUUCAGGUAUUCCUUCCACCAUUUGGGGUUCAGUGACAUACACUGGACGUGUUCCAACAAGAACUUUGCCCAAGUCUUGUCAAAUUGCCUGUAAGCCAAUUCCUGAGGCGCCAGGAGUGAACCCGACCGAUUACACGACCACCAUCACCAAAACAAAUACUGCGGGGAACACCAUAACUGAAACUGGUGCGGUUACAAUUCUGACGGAUAAAAGUGGAUCAUGGUUCACCACAACAUCACUUUUCCCAACAUUGGCAACUACCACAUCUACUUCCAUUUCAACUACUCUGUCUAAUGUGACUCCUAUAAAGACGACUGAUAAUACUUUGGUUGAGCCAUUAUCAACUGGGGAUUACAUAUCUGCACCAAUCUCAUCAAGUGAUUUUAUUAGUUUGGAAUCUUUGGUUGAGCAAACUUUGUCUAAUGAAUCCCCUGUUUCAUCAAGUGCAUAUUAUGUUAGUCAAGAAUCCCUUGCUCCUAGUGAUGCUUCCGCUAGUGACAAUUCUUUAUUUGCAAGCGAGUCCACCCUCAAAACUGCUAGCGGUUUCCUAAUUGCUGAAUCGUCAGUUACAGAGUCAUACCUGCAAUCUGCUGAUUCUGGGUUUUUUGAGAUUAGUACAUCUUCUGCUAUUGAAAAUUCAUAUAUUUCAACUCCUUCAAGUGCUGAGAAAUCAUUUUUUUCUGAAGAAACACACAUGUCACAAGCAUCUAGUACUAUUGACUCAUAUACUUAUACUAGUGGUUUGUCUUCUACAACAGGGAGUGAAUCAUAUGUUACAGAGUUAUCUCAAUUUAGUGAGGUGUCAUUGGUAACUGCUAGUGAAUCUUUUAUUACAAAUGAAUUAGUUGGAACUGAAUCUUCAAAUUCUGGAAUAUCCUUGGUCUCUGCUAGCGUGUCAACUGACUUGAUUGGUGAACCUUCUAUUUCUGGUGAUACAUUAUUUGAGUCUGCUAGACAAACAGAAUUUAUUAAAUCAUCUUUCUCUGGUGAUUUGGUUUCUGAAAGUGCCAGUGGAUCAUUUAUCAGCUCAUAUGUUUCCAAUGCAAAAACUCGUGAUAUUUCCAGUGACUCUUUUAUUGCUAGUCAAUUUUCUGUUGAUGAAUCAUCAUAUACCAGUGAAAUGGCUUCUGAACGUACUAUCGAAUCAUUUGUUCAAACUUCAUUAUAUUCCAUUGAUUUUGCUUCUGAAACAGCUAGUGAAUCAUCUUCCUCCAUGGUUGUACCCUCUGCUUCCACUGAAUUACUGUUUGAAACCUCCAGUGAAUCCAUUAUUGCUCAAUCAUAUAUUUCCAACGACGUGCCACUUGAAAGUGCAAGCCAAUCAUUUAUUGUCAAACCAUCUUAUUCCGAAAUAGCUUUUGAAUCUGCUAAUGAGUCCAUAAGUUCUACCAUUGAAGUUCCCCUUUCAAGUGAAAUAAUUUCUGAAGCAACUGGCGAGUCAAUUAUUACACAACCAUCCGUUUCUAGUGGGAUUUCUCUUGAAACUACUAGUGAAUCUAUGCUUUUCAGUGAUAGCAGUAUUUCCACACUUUUUAUUUCCAGUCAAACGUUUCAUGAAACUACCAGUGAUUCUAUUUUAGUGGUUCCAUCGUUCUUUACUAGUGAGGUGCCUUUUGAAACUGAUAUAUAUUCAUCCAUUGUUAGUACGUCACUUGGAUCUGAACUGGUCUAUUCCAGCAAAAUCUCUCUUGAAACUCCCAGCGAGUCUUUUAUUGCCAGUGAAAAUGAUGUUAAGGAACCAUCAUAUUCCAAUGAAAUUAUUUUAGAAACUCCUAGUACAUCUUUCAUUGCUAGUGAGACAUAUACUGUUCAAUCAUUUGUUUCUGGUGAAGUUUCAUUUGAAUCGGAUAGAGAGUCUACAACAUCUGCUAAAGCUAUUCUUGGUGAACUUUCUGUUACCGGUGACUUGCUGUCAGAAAUUACUAAGGAAUCCCUUGUUGCACAAGAAUCUGUUGCUAGUGAAUCUAUGAUAUUAAGUGAAACAAUUAUUGUUGAGCCUUCCAUUUUCAGUGAUUUACUUUUUGAAACUACUAGUCAACCAACUGAAAUAGCUUCAUCUACAACCAGCGGUUUAUACGUUUCAAGUACAGAAGAAUUAUUAGCUUCUAGUGACUCGGCUGUCGAUGAAUCAUCAUUUGCUGCAAAUUCAAUUUCAGCCACCCAAGCUAUUAGUUUACCUGUUGCCAGUGAAUCCUUUGUUCUUACAGACUCUAUAACCUUUAGUGAAACUAGUUCCCGUUAUAUCACAAUUUCAACUUUUGCUCCUGCUUCUGAUAAUAGUGAAAAAGAGUUUAAAACUACUUGGGAAACUGCCAACUUUGAUGGCUCUUCUGUUACUGAAUCCAGCAUAUUACCAACUACUGUUAUAACAUCUUCACCUUCCGCAACCAAUGAUGUCGACAAUGAGAUCACUUCCACUUGGAAUUCCAUUAGUUCUGAUAGCUCAGUUGCUACCGAGUCUGAUAUUGUUGAUCAAUACACUUCACAUUCUACCACUUCAACUUCCCACCCAGCAUCAAAAUCAUUAUCAGAUCGUAUUGAAACUGACUUUAUUUCAACAUGGACAAUUACAGGUUCUUUAAGUGAUGAUUCUUCUAGCACCACAAAGCCUACUCCAUUUUCUGAAUUUUCAAAUUCAGAUAUCACUACUGCAGUUGUAUCAACAUGGGCUGCUGAAAAUUCCAAUUUAUUCACUUUAGUUAAAUCAUCAACUCAUUUGUAUGUAUCCGGAAAUUUUAUCAGUUCUACUGCCACAAUUGUUUCUAUUGCCGAACCAAUUCUUACUUCUGAUGUUGCUAAUACCGAGUAUCAUUCUAUUGGGGACGUCACAAAAUCAACUGGAUCUGUGUCUAAUCAAAAAGCUGCAACCACUCAUUACGAGGGUGGUUUCACUUCUGAGUCUGAUAUAUAUACUGUUGUUGCUCCUGGUGAAUCGAUUCAAGAAUUUGGAACUGCUACAAUCACAAGUUGUUUUGAAUCCAAAUGUUCAGAAAGUAUUGUUACUUAUAUUUCAAAUAUUUCACAUUCAACAGUAACCACAGGUUAUGUUAAUAGUGUUUCUACAACAGACACCUAUGCCAACGAUUUUUCUGCAACUGGAGAUUACGUUGCUAGUGGCCUGUCAAGAUCUGCAAUGGAAGUGACAAACUCUUUUGCAACCAAUACUGAUAUUUUCUCAACAUCCACUGCAUUGUCUCAAAGUGAUUUAUUUUACUCAAACAGCUACAUUAGUACUGUUACAACUGGACCAAUUACAUCAAGUGGCUCUUCACAAGCCAUUGAAACUGGGUUAUCUUUUGUUACUACUAUUCGGUAUGAAAAUGGAUCGACUAAUAUUUCGACUAAACAUUUCAAAUUUAUGGGUAUUGUUGUUAGCAUUUUAAUCUUAUUCGUUUAG